UGGGGCAGGACCACACCGAAGCCAUUUUAUUAUUAUAACAGCAGAGGUGCAGGUGCAUCAAUAUAUUUUUUAAUAGUUCAACUUUUAAUUUUAAAGCUCACGAGACCAUGGGGCAGUGUGGAAUAACUUCAUCCAAAACCGUCCUGGUUUUUCUCAAUCUCAUAUUCUGGGCUGCAGCUGGAAUCUUAUGCUACAUUGGAGCCUAUGUGUUCAUCACAUAUGACGACUACGACCACUUUUUUGAAGACGUGUACACUCUGAUCCCUGCUAUCAUAAUCAUAGCUGUGGGAACUCUUCUCUUCAUCAUCGGCUUGAUUGGCUGCUGCGCAACAAUACGUGAAAGCUCCUGUGGACUGGCGACUUUUGCCGCCAUCCUCCUGCUGGUGUUUGUAACAGAGUGUGUGGUGGUGGUGCUUGGCUACACAUACAGGGCUAAGGUGGAAGAUGAGGUGAAUCACUCCAUCCAGAAGGUUUACAACGAGUACAAUGGAACCAAUACUGACGCUCCCAGCCGAGCUAUUGACUAUGUGCAGAAGCAGCUCCACUGCUGUGGUAUUCAUAACUACUCUGACUGGAGAAACACGCACUGGUUUAAAGAAUCCAAAAACAACAGUGUCCCAGUGAGCUGCUGUCAGCCCAGCAUCACUAACUGUACCGGCACCCUUACUCGACCAGGAGACCUCUACCAAGAGGGCUGUGAGGCUCUUGUCGUGAAGAAGUUAAAGGAGAUUAUGAUGUAUGUCAUAUGGGCUGCGCUGACUUUUGCAUCUAUUCAGAUGCUGGGGAUGCUCUGUGCCUGCGUGGUGCUGUGCAGGAGGAGUCACGACCCAGCGUACGAGCUGCUGGUCACAACCAACAGCUACGCAUGAAAGCAGAACAAAGCACUCCGACAUAAAAAUAAAAAAAAAAGAGCGUCACGAACAUGUGCACAGUAGAUUUCAGCUGUAGUUAAAUAAGCUCAAGCACACCUUGCACAAUUCAUGAUAAAGUAGUGAACACUGACAACAUUGAUUGGGUGGGUGGGGCUUCAAAGGGAAACAUUUAUUUAUGACAUGCUUUGUGAGUUACUGUUACUUCAAUUAUUCUUUUUCUGACACAUAAUGGAAUAUUUAUUGGCGCCAAAGCUGUAAAUGGCAAACUGACACUACUCAACUUGAUGCUGAUAUUCUUUCUUUUAAUUGUGGCUUCUUUUCCCAAGUGAGGAUGAUGAGAAUUUAUUGGCAGUGUACGUGUGACAAUAUUGAUAGGAGUUUUCUAUGGAAUGUAUUUCCUUGUGUGCUAGUUUGCACUGCGGCUGCAGCUCUUGAGAUAUUUCAUGGUUGCCUGGAUAAAAAGUAUGUGCUAAAAAGCACAUGAGCAUUUGGAGAAGAACUUGAAGUGAUGAGACUUUGUAAAAAUGGAGAAACCUUUCACCAUAGAAUGAAGAGAAUCAGUGUUUGAAUGUGGAGCAGCGAUGUGUUUGAUCUCUUAAAGCCGUGUGUGAUCAAAAGAGUUCUUCAUUUUCACAAACAUUCAGGUUGUGAAUACUGUACAUUCUGUUUUGGUGUUUCUGUUCUCUGAACCAGGCUUCAUUUGUGAGGCAUUGCCAAUGUAUAAAAUGUGAAUGACCCUUUUAGAAUCCAGUGUUAUCAGUACGAGUAUUAUCCGUGUCCCAUGAAGAUGUGUGUAUGUGUAGAUAAAGUUACACUCAGAUAAAUCCUCCUGUUUAGUUUGUAUGUUACAAACCUGCUUUAAAGAAUCAUGACCUGUUAUUUUAUACAUUUUCUGUGAAAUCGUGCACUGUUCAAUAUUUUUAGCGGUUAAGUUGACCCCCAGUUAUUCGGCUAGAGCCACAGAGGAAAAAAUGACAAACAAAAUUGUGUAUAGAUUUGGGAAGAGGCAAAAAUAAACUCAUACAUUUCAAGUUGA